CUACAUGAGUAUGCUGGGAUUUGUAUAUUUGGUCCUAAUAUUAGGUUGGAUAUUGAUUGUCCUGUUUCUAAAGUGCAAAAAAUCUAUAACGCCCCACAUUGGAUUAAGCGACAAUUAUACAGACGCAGCCAUUGAUCAUCGCAGUCCCUCCGUACAUGUCAUACAGUUGCAGCGUGGCGAUUUAGAACAAGAAGAUCAAUUAAUGGAAUCCUAUCAUCAGCGUAGCAAUAGUCUGCGAAGGCAUUCGCAACGUAUACCCCUAUCCGCAGUAGAUGAACGAAAUAUUGUUACCACCUAUCCAACCGAUGCAAUAAUAAAUCCUGCCUAUACCCAUGAUGAGGAUUAUGUUAUUAAUGCAGCACCACCACCCUCCUACGAUGAGGUCAUGCGUCAACCGAAUGUUUAUCCAAAGGUUCAUAGCAAAAGUAGCGAAGCAAAUAUUUAAUGAGACGAAGAAGAAUGCAACAACAUUUAACAAAAACAAC